AGCCUGUGGCUGUUGCCACCAGACCACACUCAGCAGCACUUGUCAGAGUGACUUGGCUUCUGACUGGUCUCUAGAUAAGGGGUCCAGACCAGAGUGCAGGAAGCACCAGGAUGCUGUCCUGAGUCCACAGUGACGCCCGUCGGCCUGGGCACCGUCUCCCGAUAGCAGGCUGGCCAUUCGCCGGGUGCUGCAUGGCGGACAAGUCCACCAUGCCUGAAGUCAGAGACCUUUCAGAAGCCUUGCCGGAGACGCCCAUGGACCCCAUCACAGGCGUGGGGGUGGUGGCUUCGCGGAACCGCGCCCCGACAGGCUACGAUGUAGUCGCACAGACAGCAGAUGGUGUGGAUGCUGACCUCUGGAAAGACGGCUUGUUUAAAUCCAAGGUUACCAGAUACCUGUGCUUCACAAGAUCAUUUUCCAAAGAAAAUAGUCAUUUAGGGAACGUGUUGGUGGACAUGAAGCUCAUUGACAUCAAGGACACUCUGCCUGUGGGCUUCAUCCCGAUCCAGGAGACGGUGGACACACAGGAAGUGGCUUUUAGAAAGAAGAGGCUGUGCAUUAAAUUCAUCCCCCGGGAUUCCACGGAGGCGGCGAUCUGUGACAUCCGGAUCAUGGGCCGGACCAAGCAGGCCCCCCCGCAGUACACGUUCAUUGGGGAACUGAACAGCAUGGGGAUCUGGUAUCGAAUGGGCAGAGUUCCAAGAAACCAUGACUCAUCUCAACCCACAACACCUUCCCAGUCGUCAGCUGCUUCCACCCCAGCCCCCAGCCUUCCCAGGCACAUCUCCCUGACGCUGCCCGCCACCUUCCGGGGCAGGAGCAGCACGCGGGCUGACUACGAGUACCAGCACUCCAACCUGUAUGCCAUCUCAGCAAUGGAUGGUGUGCCUUUUAUGAUUUCAGAGAAGUUUUCUUGUGUUCCAGAAAGUAUGCAGCCCUUUGACCUGCUGGGAAUCACCAUCAAGUCUCUGGCGGAGAUAGAGAAAGAGAAAUGGAUGGUGGCUUUUGAUAAAUGUCUUUUAAUCAUCUCUUGA